CGGAGGAUCGCUUUCGGGCAGGCAGAAAGUGACAGUGACCAAGAUGAGGACCUACGCCUUCCCCUUGGCGGUCGCCGCUGCGCUUUUUGCCUGUUCCCUGGUCGAAGGACGGCACAGUAACGAACAAGCAAGGUUUCUAGAACAACAAUACCAGACUAAGGGAGCCAUCAAGGGAGCCAUCCUUCAACAGCAACAAGCAUCACAGGUCAAGGGAGCCCUCAAGGGAGCAAUCAAGGGUGGUCUCCUUCAGCAGCAAGCACAAGCUCAAGUCCAGGGAGCGCUUAAGGGAGCUGUCAAAGGAGCACUCCUUCAGCAACAACAGGCAUCGCAGGUCAAGGGAGCACUCAAGGGAGCCGUCAAGGGAGCACUCCUUCAGCAACAACAGGCAUCGCAGGUCAAGGGAGCCCUAAAGGGAGCCAUCAAGGGCGGUCUCCUUCAGCAGCAAGCCCAAGCUCAAGUCCAGGGAGCUCUUAAAGGAGCUGUCAAGGGAGCACUCCUUCAGCAACAACAGGCAUCGCAGGUCAAGGGAGCACUCAAGGGAGCCGUGAAGGGAGCACUCCUUCAGCAACAACAAGCUUCGCAGGUCAAGGGAGCCCUCAAGGGAGCUGUCAAAGGAGCACUUCUUCAGCAACAACAAGCUUCGCAGGUCCAGGGAGCCCUCAAGGGAGCGGUCAAGGGAGCACUCCUUCAGCAACAACAGGCAUCGCAGGUCAAGGGAGCCCUCAAGGGAGCCAUCAAGGGUGGUCUCCUUCAGCAGCAAGCCCAAGCUCAAGUCCAGGGAGCGCUUAAGGGAGCUGUCAAAGGAGCACUCCUUCAGCAACAACAGGCAUCGCAGGUCAAGGGAGCACUCAAGGGAGCCGUCAAGGGAGCACUCCUUCAGCAACAACAAGCUUCGCAGGUCAAGGGAGCCCUCAAGGGAGCGGUCAAGGGAGCACUUCUUCAGCAACAACAAGCUUCGCAGGUCAAGGGAGCCCUCAAGGGAGCCGUGAAGGGAGCACUCCUUCAGCAACAACAAGCUUCGCAGGUCAAGGGAGCCCUCAAGGGAGCUGUCAAAGGAGCACUUCUUCAGCAACAACAAGCUUCGCAGGUCAAGGGAGCCCUCAAGGGAGCGGUCAAGGGAGCACUCCUUCAGCAACAACAGGCAUCACAGGUCAAGGGAGCACUCAAGGGAGCCGUCAAGGGAGCACUCCUUCAGCAACAACAGGCAUCACAGGUCAAGGGAGCCCUCAAGGGAGCCAUCAAGGGUGGUCUUCUUCAGCAGCAAGCUCAAGCCCAAGUCAAGGGAGCUCUUAAGGGAGCCGUCAAGGGAGCCCUUCUUCAACAACAGCAGGCAUCACAGGUCAAGGGAGCGCUAAAGGGAGCAAUCAAGGGUGGCCUUCUUCAGCAACAAGCCCAAGCCCAAGUUCAGGGAGCCCUCAAGGGAGCCGUUAAGGGUGGUCUCGUUCAACAGGCUGCAGCACAACAGGCCUACCAACAGGCUGCCGCUCAACAACUUGCUGGCCGUUAGACGUAGAACAGUGAAUAGGUGUUGCUUGUGCGACAGUGUAGUGUAAAAGACUUGUUCAGGUGCUUAAAAAGUAAUAAAAUUUUGUUGAUGUCACGAAGUUCACUGUUUACUGACACGAAAACGUGGAACGAAGGCCGUGAUUGUGAGUCACGACUACCUCCGUAACACCGCACGUCAGCUUAUCCCUAAAAUCUCAAUUUUCCUAAUUAUAAAACAUCAGUAUGGUACUUGAAGUGCCAAAAAGAUGAAGCUAUGAAGUAGACCACUCAAGACAAACGCUACGUUCUUUCUGUAUGUACCGUCUCUCUUAUAGCUUUACUCAGGUUUUUUUCUUCAUACCCAUGCAGGCAGGCAGGCAGGCGACAGCGUUACAGAAUGCGAAGACGUCAAAAUGACAAUCAGAACCACCAUGCAAGUGAACCUCAUAAACUUGCCGCUUCUAAGAAAGAUUUCUCGUCAUUGCCUUUUCUGAAAAAUUAUUUACCAAAACAAAUGACUUGAACAGGAAGCUCGAUCUAGAACCUUGCUACAUAUCGUCACGUCUUGAUCAUCAGUUUAAUGUUUUCAGGCGUGCAAUUUUUUUUUUCGAAGAUUGCUUGUUAAAGGCCAGUACCAAGUGGAACAGCCCUCACCAUUCGAUCGCCAUCAUGGAUGACCCAUUGUCUUUCAAGAAUGCACAUACCGGUUCCACUUUUAUCUCUAAAAACUAAUAAAAAUAAU